AAAAAAUAUUGUUAUAAAUUGCUAGGUAAAUAUUUCAUUAACUGGUAUUGUCUAUUGGAAACUAUUAUUACAAGCCACAAGGCAAAAAUGAAGUUAACAGGUGUAUGUUUUUUAAUUGUGUCUAUCUGUGUUAUCAAUGGGAAUGGUCCCAACUCUGCCAGUGCAGCCAUCAUAAACACCUCAGUUCCCUCUAAAUUUGUUUUUAAACAAGCAGCUAUAAGCAAGUUAGGAACUACUGCAGAACCAAAAGAAACUAAACAACCUAAUACUGUCGCUAGAGAUUUCAAGGAGAAAUAUAAAAAAUUACAAGAAAAACAUAAAAAGCUAAUAGAAAAGUACUCUUCACUUCAACAAGAAUGUAAAGCAUUAACAGAGGAUUGCAAUAAUGAGACUAAAAAGGAUGAUUUCAAAACCAUAACUAAUCCACCCGACAUAGAAGCCGAUUCAUCAUCUGCUUCACCUAUGGAUUCUUCAGCUAAUCCAACUAAUCCACCAUCUACACCACCAACAUGUUGUCCAUGUGAUCCAACUUAUCCACCAUAUGGUUCAUCAACUGGUUCAACAACUGAUUCAAUAACUGGUUCAACAACUUAUCCAACACCUGAGACAACAGCUGCUUCAACAACUGAUUUAACACCUGAGAAAACAACUGAUUCAACAACUAAUUUAACACCUGAGGCAACAAUAAAUUCCACAACUGAUACAACAACUGAUACAACAACUAGUUUAACGACUGAUUCAACAACUUAUACAACAACUGGUUCAACAACUGAUCCAACACCUGAGACAACAACUGGUUCAAUAACUUAUUCAACACCGGAGAAAACAACUGAUUCAACAACUGGUUCAACAGCUGAUUUAACACCUCAGACAACAAAUGAUUCAACAACUGGUUCAGCAACUGAUUCAACCCCUAAGACAACAACUGAUUCAACACCUGAGGCAACAACUAAUUCAACAACUGAUUCAAUAACGGGUUCAAUAACAGGCUCAACACCUGAGACAACAAAUGAUUCAACAAUUGAUUCAACAACUGGUUCAACAGCUGAUUUACCACCUGAGACAAAAACUGAUUCAACAACUGAUUCAACUACUGAUUCAACAACUGAUUCAACACCUGAUUCAACACCUGAUUCAACAACAGAUUCUACAACUGAUUCAACAACCGGUUCAACAGCUGAUUUAACACCUGAGACUACAGUUGAUUCAACAACUGAUUCCACAACUGAUACAACAAUUGAUACAACAACUAGUUUAACGACUGAUUCAACAAUUGAUUCAACAACUGGUUCAACAACUGAUCCAACACCUGAGACAACAACUGGUUCGACAACUGAUUCAACACCGGAGAACACAACUGAUUCAACAACUGGUUCAACAGCUGAUUUAACACCUCAGACAACAAAUGAUUCAACAACUGGUUCAGCAACUGAUUCAACCCCUAAGACAACAACUGAUUCAACACCUGAGGCAACAACUAAUUCAACAACUGAUUCAACAACGGGUUCAAUAACUGGCUCAACACCUAAGACAACAAAUGAUUCAACAAUUGAUUCAACAACUGGUUCAACAGCUGAUUUACCACCUGAGACAAAAACUGAUUCAACAACUGAUUCAACUACUGAUUCAACAACUGAUUCAACACCUGAUUCAACAACAGAUUCUACAAUUGAUUCAACAACCGGUUCAGCAGCUGAUUUAACAUCUGAGACUACAGUUGAUUCAACAACUGAUUCAAUAACUGGAUCAACAACUGACUUAAUACCGGAGGUUACAACUGAUUCAACAACUGAUUCAACAACUGAUUCAUCAACUGAUUCAACUACUGGUUCAACAACUAAAAUAUCACCUGAAACAACAACUGGUUUAACAACUGAUUCAACACCUGAGAUAACAACUGAUUCAACAACAGAUUCAACAACCGGAUCAACUGCUGAUUUAACACCCGAGGCAACAACUGGAACAACAACUGAUUCAACUGCUGAUUUAACACCUGAGACAAAAACUGAUUCAACAACUGAUUUAACAACUGAUUCAACAACUGGUUCAACAAAUGAUGUAACGACUGAUUCAACAACUGAUUUAACAACUGAUUUAACAACUGAUUCAACAACUGAUUCAACAACUGGUUCAAAAACUGAUUCAACAACUUAUUCUACAACUGACUCAACAACUGGUUCAACAGCUGAUUUAACACCUGAAACAACAGUUUAUUCAACAACUGAUUCAAUGACUGGAUCAACAACUGAUUUAACACCUGUAGCAACAACUAGUUCAACAACUGACACAACUGCUGAGACAGCAUCUGAUUCAACAACCGGUUCAAAUGAUGAUUUAACACCUGAGACAACAGCUGAUUCCACAACUGGUACAACAAUUGAUUUAACACCUGAGACAACAAAUGAUUCAACAACUGGUUCAACAACUGAUUCCAGAACUGGUACAUCUGAUUCAACCCCUGAGACAAUAACAGAUUCAACAACCGGUUCAACAACUGAUUCAACAAACAAUUAUUCUACUGCUGAUUUUACACCUGAGACAACAACUGGUCCAACAACCGGUUCAACUGCUGAUUUAACACCUAAGGCAACAACUGAUUCAACAACUGGUACAACAACUGAUUCAACACCUGAGACUACAACUGAAUUAACAACUGGUUCAACGACUGAUUCAACAAUUGAUUCAACAUCUGGUUCAACAACUGAUUCAACAACUGAUUCUACAAUUGAUUCAACAACUGGUUCAACAGCUGAUUUAACACCAGAGACAACAACUAAUUCAAUAACUGGUUCAACAACUGGUUCAACAUCUGGUUCAACUACUGAUUUAACACCUGAGACAACAACUAGUUCAACAACUGACACAACUGCUGAGACAGCAACUGAUUCAACAACCGGUUCAACUGAUGAUUUAACAUCUGAGACAACAGCUGAUUCCGCAACUGGUACAACAAUUGAUUUAACAUUUGAGACAACAACUGAUUCAACAACUGGUACAACAUCUGAUUCAACCCGUGAGACAAUAACUGAUUCAACAACUGGUUCAACAACUGAUUCAACAAACAGUUCCACUGCUGAUUUUACACCUGAGACAACAACUGAUUCAACAACCGGUUCGACGGCUGAUUUAACCCCUGAGACAGCAACUGAUUCAACAACUGGUACAACAACUGAUUCAACACCUGAGACUACAAUUGAAUCAACAACUGGUUCAACGACUGAUUCAACAACUGGUUCAACGACUGAUUUAACAACUGAUUCAACAACUGGUUCAACAGCUAAUUCAACACCAGUGACAACUACUGAUUCAACAGCCGUUUCAGCAACUGAUUCAACCCCUAAGACAACAACUGAUUCAACAACUGGUUCAAUAACUGACUCAACACCUGAGACAAUAACGAAUUCAACCACUGAUUCAACAACUUAUUCAACAACUGAUUCAACAACUGAUUCAAAAACUGAUUCUACAACUGAUUCAACAACCGGUUCUACAGCUUAUUUAACACCUGAGACUGCAACUGACUCAACAACUGAUCCAACACCUGAGACAACAACUGAUUCAACAACUGAUUCAACACCUGUGACAACAACUGAUUCAACGACUGAUUCAACAAGUGGUUCAACAACUGAUUCAACAACUGAUUCAACAACUGAUUCAACAAUUGAUUCAACAACUUAUUCGACAACUGAUUCAACAACUGAUUCAAUAACUGAUUUAACAACUGCGUCAACAACUGUUACAACAACUGAUUCAACACUUGAGACAACAACAUAUCCAACAACUUUUACAACAACUGAUUCAAAAACUGAUUCAACAACAGCCGAGCCAAUACCAAAAAGUUCAGCUGCAGAUUUGUUUGCAGGCACUAAGUAUUUGAUGGCUACAUUUGUAAUUGUGAUUUUAAAUUACAUCUUAAUCAUAAUACGUAUUGUUUGCUAUAAAGUGCAAUGCAAAUAUUUUAGUAACAUACUCAACUUGUACUACGUUAAGAACUGUUUCAUUCAAAACAAAACAAUGAAGAGGAUAAGUGCAUGCAUAUUAAUACUUUCAAGUUUGUGGAUUAAAAGCACUCUUCAAUCGCCUUUAUUCCACAAAUCGAUAGAAAAUAAAGAGAAAAAUGAGACGCUCCUUCCACAUAUUACCUCUUUUCUCAACUCAGCUAAUAGUUUACCUGAAAAAAUUUAUGUCGGAGAUAUUGGUGCCGAUAAUAGAAAAGAUACAAAUAGUAAUGGAGAAAUAAAUUCCGAUGAAAAUUCGGAUGAAGCAGAGAAUUCGAGCACAAUGGAUAAAGCCAAUAGCACCCCAUCUGAUCAAACCGAUGCCGCCGAAACAGCAGAUGAUUUCAAUACAACAGCGGACAGGUCCGAUACAACAGCAGACAUUUCUAAUACAGCAGUAUAUGAUUCCAAUACAACUGAAGAUGAUUCCAAUACCAAAACAGACGAUACUAAUACAACAUCAGAUGAUUCUAAUACAACAACAAACAUUUCCAAAACAACUGAAGAUGAUUCCAAUGCAACAGCAGACGAUACUAAUACAACAGCAAAUGAUUCCAAUACAAAAGCAGAUGAUUCAAAUACAACAACAGAUAUUUCCAAUACAACAGCAGAUGAUUCCAAUACAACUGAAAAUGUUUCUAAUAACACAGCAGACGAUACCAAUACAAUAUCAGAUGAUUCUAAUACAACAGAUAUUUCCGAAAAUGAACAUGACUCCAAUACAACAGCAGACGAUACUAAUACAACAGAAGAUGAUUCAAAUACAACACCAAAUGAUUUAAAUACAACGGCAGACAUUUCCAAUACAACUGCAGAUGAUUCCAAUAAAACUGAAGAUGAUUCCAAUACCACAGCCGACGAUACUAACACAACAUCAGAUGAUUCUAACACAACAGACAUUUCCAAUAACACUGAAGAUUAUAAUAUUACAACAGCACACGAUUCCAAUACAACAGCAGAUGAUUCUAAUACAACUGAAAAUGAUUCCAAUACCACAUCAGACGAUAUUAAUACAACAUCAGAUCAUUUUGAUACAACAGACAUUUUCAAUACAACCGAAGAUGACUCCGAUACAACAGAAGACGAUACUAAUACAACAGAAGAUGAUUCUAAUACAAAAACAGACAUUUCCAAUGCAACUGCAGACGUUCCCAAUACAACAUCAGACGAUUCCAAUACAACAGCAGAUGAUUCUAAUACAACUGAAGAUGAUUCCAAUACAAAAGCGGACGAUACUAAUACAACAGCAGAUAAUUCCAAUACAAUAGCAGAGGAUUCAAAUACAACAACAGAUAUUUCCAAUACAACAGCAGAUGGUUCCAAUACAAUUGAAGAUGAUUCCAAUACAACUGAAGAUGAUUCCAAUACAACAGCAGACGAUACUAACACAACAGAAGAUGAUUCUAAUACAACACCAGACAUUUCCAAUACAACUGAAGAUGAUCCCAAUACAACAGCAGACGAUACUUAUACAACAUCAGAUGAUUCCAAUACAACAGCAGACGAUUAUAAACCAACAGCAGACAAUACUAAUACAAUAGCAGAUGAUUCCAAUAUAACAGCAGAUGAUUAUAAUACCACAGCAGACGAUUCCAAUAAAACAGCAGGUGAUACUAAUACAACAUCAGAUGAUUCUAAUAAAACAGAGAGUUCCAAUACAACAGCAGAUGAUUUCAACUCAACUGAAGAUGAUUCCAAUAUAACAGCAGACGAUACUAAUACAACAGUAGACGGUUCCAAUACAACAGCAUAUGAUUCUAAUACAACUGAAGAUGAUUCCACAGCAGACGAUACUAAUACAACAUCAGAUGAUUCUAAUACAACAGACAUUUCCAAUACAACUGAAGAUGACUCCGAUAUAACAGCAGCCGAUACUAAUACAACAGAAGAUGAUUCUAAUACAACAACAGACAUUUCCAAUACAACUGAAGACGUUCCCAAUACAACAUCAGACGGUUCCAAUACAACAGCAGACGAUAUUAACAAAACAGAAGAUGAUUCUAAUACAACAGACAUUCCCAAUACAACUGAAGAUGACUCCGAUACAACAGCAGACGAUACUAAUACAACAGAAGAAGAUUCUGAUACAACAGCAGACAUUUCCAAUACAACUGAAGACGAUCCUAAUACAACAGCAAACGAUUCCAAUACAACAGCAGGUGAUUCUAAUAGAACUGAAGAUGAUUCCAAUAUAACAACAGACGAUACUAAUACAACAGCAGAUAAUUUUAAUACAACAACAGACAUGUCUAAUACCACUGAAGAUGAUUUCAAUACAACAGCAGACGAUACUGAUACAAAUGAAGAUGAUUCCAAUACAACAACAGACGCUUCUAAUACAACAGCAGAUGAUUCAAAUACAACACCAGAUGAUCCUAAUACAACAACAGACAUUUCCAAUACAACUAAAGACGUUCCCAAUACAACAUCAGACGAUUCCAAUACAACAGCAAAUGGUUCUAACACAACUGAAGAUGAUUCCAAUACAACAGCAGACGAUACUAAUACAACAGCAGAUAAUGCCAAUACAACAGCAGAUGAUUCAAAUACAACAACAGAUAUUUCCAAUACAACAGCAGAUGUUUCCAAUGCAACUGAAGAUGAUUCCACUACAACUCAAGAUGAUCCCAAUACAACAGCAGACGAUACUAACACAACAGAAGCUGAUUCUAAUACAAAAACAGACAUUUCCAAUACAACUGAAUAUGAUCCCAAUACAACAGCAGACGAUUUUAAUACAACAGCAGAUGGUUCAAAUACAACAACGGACCUUUCCAAUACAACAACGGACCUUUCCAAAACAACAACAGAUGAUUCCAAUACAACUGAAGAUGAAUCCAAUACCACAGCCGACGAUACUAACACAACAUCAGAUGAUUCUAAUACAACAGACAUUUCCAAUACAACUGAAGAUGACUCCGAUACAACAAUAGACGAUACUAAUACAACAGAAGAAGAUUCUGACACAACAACAGACAUUUCCAAUACAACUGAAGACGAUCCUAAUACAACAGCAAACGAUUCCAAUACAACAGCAGAUGAUUCUAAUAGAACUGAAGAUGAUUCCAAUACAACAACAGACGAUACUAAUACAACAGCAGAUGAUUCUAAUACAACAACAGACAUUUCUAAUACCACUGAAGAUGAUUCCAAUACAACAGAAGACGAUACUAAUACAACAGCAGAUAAUUCCAAUACAACAGCAGAUGAUUCAAAUACAAUAACAGAUAUUUCGAAUACAACAGUAGAUGGUUCCAAUACAACGGAAGAUGAUUCCAAUACAACAGCAGACUAUACUAACACAACAGAAGAUGGUUCUAAUACAACAACAGACAUUUCCAAUACAACUGAAGGUGAUCCCAAUACAACAGCAGACGAUACUUAUACAACAGCAGAUGAUUCCAAUACAAACGCAGACGAUUAUAAUACAACAGCAGACGAUACUAAUUCAACAGCAGAUGAUUCCAAUACAACAGAAGAUGAUUAUAAUACCACAGCAGACGAUGCCAAUACAACAGCAGGUAACACUAAUACAACAUCACAUGACUCUAAUAAAACAGACAGUUCCAAUACAACAGCAGAUGAUUUCAACACAACUGAACAUGAUUCCAAUACAACAGCAGACGAUACUAAUACAACAGCAGACGGUACCAAUACAAAAGCAGAUGAUUUUAAUACAACUGAAGAUGAUUCCAAUACCACAGCAGACGAUACCAAUACAACAUCAGAUGAUUCUAAUACAACAGACAUUUCCAAUACAACUGAAGAUGACUCCGAUACAACAGCAGACGAUACUAAUACAACAGACGAUGAUUCUAAUACAACAACAGACAUUUCCAAUACAACUGAAGACGUUCCCAAUACAGCAUCAGACGAUUCCAAUGCAGCAGAAGAUGAUUCUAAUACAACUGAAGAUGAUUCCAAUACAACAGCAGACGAUACUAAUACAACAGCAGAUAAUUCCAAUACAACAGCAGAUGAUUCAAAUACAACAACAGAUAGUUCCAAUACAACAGCAGAUGGUUCCAAUACAACUGAAGAUGAUUCCAAUACAACUGAAGAUGAUUCCAAUACAACAGCAGACAAUACUAACACAACAGAUGAUGAUUCUAAUACAACAACAGACAUUUCCAAUAUAACUGAAGAUGAUCCCAAUACAACAGCAUACGAUUUUAAUACAACAGCAGAUGAUUCAAAUACAACAACGGACCUUUCCAAUACAACAACGGACCUUUCCAAUACAACAACAGAUGAUUCCAAUACAACUGAAGAUGAAUCCAAUACCACAGUUGACGAUACUAACACAACAUCAGAUGAUUCUAAUACAACAGACAUUUCCAAUACAACUGAAGAUGACUCCGAUACAACAGCAGACGAUACUAAUACAACAGAAGAAGUUUCUUAUACAACAAGAGACAUUUCCAAUACAAUUGAAGACGAUCCUAAUACAACAGCAAACGAUUCCAAUACAACAGCAGGUGAUUCUAAUAGAACUGAAGAUGAUUCCAAUACAACAGACGAUACCAAUACAACAGCAGAUUAUUCUAAUACGACAACAGACAUUUCUAAUACCACAGAAGACGAUUCCAAUACAACAGCAGACGAUUCCAACACAACAGCAGAUGAUUCCAAUACAACAGCAGACGAUUCCAAUACAACAGCAGGCGAUUCCAAUGCAACAGCAGACGAUUCCAAUACAACAGUAGAUGAUUUCAAUACAACUGAAGAUGGUUCCAAUACAACAAUAGACGAUACUAAUAAAACAGCUGGUGAUUCUAAUUCAACAACAGACAUUUCCAGUACAACAGCAGGUGAUUCCAAUGCAACUGAAGAUGAUUCCAAUACAACAGCUGGCGAUACUAAUACAACAGCAGAUGAUUCUAAUACAACAACAGACAUUUCCAAUACCACUGAAGAUGAUUCCAAUACAACUGCAGACCAUACUAACACUAGAACAGAUGAUUACAAUACAACUGAUGACAAUUCCAAUACAACAACAAACGAUACUAAUACAACAGCACAUGAUUCUAAUACAACAAUAGACAUGUCCAAUACAACAGCAGAUAAUUUCAAUACAACUGAAGAUGAUCCCAAUACAACAGCAGACGAUUCCAAUACAACAGGAGACAAUUCCUAUACAACCGCAUACAGUUCCAAUUCAACAGCAGAUGAUUCCAAUACAACAGCAGUCGAUACUAAUACAACAGCAGAUGAUUCCAAUACAACAGCAGACGAUUCCAAUACAACAGCAGACGAUUCCAAUACAACAGCAGAUGAUUCCAAUACAAUAACACACAUUUCCAAUACAACAGCAGAUGAUUUCAAUACACCUGAAGAUGAUCCCAAUACAACAGCAGAUGAUUCCAAUACUACAGAAGACGAUUCCAAUACAACCGCAGACAGUUCCAAUACAACAGCAGAUGAUUCCAAUACAAUAACAGACAUUUCCAAUACAACAGUAGAUGAUUUUAAAACAACAACAAUCCCGGACAAACCAACGGAGAGAAGCCCUAGAACUACCGACAUUCCGAGUCCUACACGCAUUGUCACAGAUACGCCUACACAUCCAUCUUCUGAGAAGACACCUGCAGCAACCACUUUAGUGCCAUCCAGUACUGGUGCAGCUUAUUCACGAUUUAUAGCUUCGGAAUGCCUUCUUCCAUUACUAAUGAUAGUUAUUGCAUUGAAUUGAAAUAAAAUAAUAAUCAGUUUAA